CCUUGAUUGCCGCGGCAGCGCUCCCACAACAUCAAACUUCCUUUAUUUACAGGAGAGCUUCCCGUACCUUCUGGGCUCCGAGCUUUAUAACCUUUCUCCUGGUUGCCGUAAAAAGGCGUUGCUGGUCGCACACCAUGACCAACGCGGCCACCCAAUUCUCGUCUGACUCGCGCAUAGACCCUUCCAUCGAACUGCCACCUGUCGAGGGAAAUGUCCCACCUCCUACGACAACCGUGAUUGACCAUGAUGACUACCCCGAGGGCGGCCUUCAAGCCUGGGUCGUUGUGCUCGGCGCCUGGUGCGCCAUGGUCCCGCCCAUGGGCCUCAUCAACAGCAUGAACAUUUUCCAGGCGUGGUUCUCGGAAAACCAGCUCAAGGGUAUGCCCGAGAGCAACAUUGGAUGGAUCAUAUCAACAUAUGCGUUCCUCGUGACUGCGCUAGGAGCACAGGUUGGUCCCAUCUUUGAUGCUUAUGAUACUUGGAAGUUGGUUGUGCCUGGGUCCAUCGGACUCGUUCUAUCCAUGGUCUUCCUCAGCCUCUCGACUGAGUUCUAUCAGAUCUUCCUCUCCUUUGGUAUCUGCGGCGGUCUGGGUGCCUCGCUGCUCUUCAACCCAGCCGUCUCCGCCAUUGGACACUGGUUCUGCAAACGGCGCGCCUUUGCGACGGGCAUCGCGUGCACGGCUGGCGGCAUCAGCGGCAUCGCCUUCUCGCUCAUCAUUCAGUACCUGGCUCCGCGGAUCGGCUUUCCGUGGGCGAUGCGCAUCAUUGCGCUCAUCUCUGCGGCCCUGCUGGGUGUUGCCAGCCUCACCCUGCGGAAGCGCCUGCCUGCGGAACCGCGCGCACGCUUGCUCAUGGACUUUAGCCUGUUCAGGCAGAAAGACUUUGCUGUGACGGUGUGCGCCGUCUUCUUUGUCGAGUUCGCCGUCUUCAUCCCCUACGCGUUCAUCUCGUCGUACGCGCUGUACCAGGGCUGGUCUCUCCAGGACUCGUUCCUGCUCAACACGGUGCUCAACGCCGGCGCGAUCCCCGGCCGCAUGCUACCGGGCUACGUGGCCGACCGUAUCGGCGCGUUCAACACCAUGUGUGUGACGUCGAUGGCGUGCGCGGUUCUCGUGCUGGGCAUGUGGCAGACCGCGGGCGACAGCAGGGCCGCGAUCAUGGCGUUCACGGCGCUGUUUGGGUUCUGGUCCGGCGCGGCCAUCAGCCUGGCCCCCGUCUGCAUAUCACGGGUCUGCAAGAUCGAGGACUACGGCAAGGCGAACGGCAUGGCGUACUUCAUUGCGAGCUUUGGCGCGCUCAUUGGCAUCCCCAUUGCGGGGGCGCUGCUGGGAGCUGGACAUGAUCAUUAUCAGAACCUCAUCAUUUUCGGGGGCAGUGCGUAUUUGCUGGCGUUUGUGUGGUUUGUGAUUGCCAGGGGAGUGGCUGGUGGAUGGUCGUUUGGAUGGUUUUAGGAGUCGGUUUCAACAUUGUCUAGAACUUUGUGCUUGCGGUGUGACUGUGGCUGUGCUGCCACACACGAGUUUGUGCCGCCAGUGGCAUUUCCAAGUCCGUUUAUGAAGUGGCGAUGUGACAAAAGGACGGUCGCGGAAUAGAUGGCUGGACUGGCACGAUCAAAAUGUGUUGCAUCAAGCUAUGCGGGGCUGGUGGGUUACGCGCUAGUCAGACUAAACCUUGGAAGGCAUUGCAGAAAGUCGCAGAAAUGCGCCUGCAGCGUUUAUGUUACGGCCUCGCGUGAACGGUGCAUGCAGCUCAUGCAGGAACUUGGUUCGAAGGUGAAGAUUGCAGAUACCAGAAGUGUCAUCCAGCUGGCAUCGUCAGGUUCGUCAAGACCCUGACGGGGUGUCCCGCAACGUUGCAAAAG